GCGUUCAAUGUCAGAAAAGGACUACGCAUCUCUCGCAAGCUGGCAAGGUCUGAUCAUCAAACGAGAAUAACCUUUUCUAUUUCGCAUCGUGAAGUGAAAGAGACUUCAGCAAAUCGACCAAGAUUUGUUUCAUCAUUGCGUGUUCGUUAGGGGAAAAGGAGACUAACUAAGUGGCCAGGCGUUCACAUACAAAAUGGAAUCGAACGGCUUUGUCUGGCUCUUACAGCGGAGACAGUGCCUGGUAGUUUGCGCAUCAGCUUUGAUAUUGGGUUCACCAAUCGGCCUUUUUUUCUGCGACCAAGACUUGACGAUGACUUACGGUAUCAGCCUCAUGUUAGAAACUGGCCUGAUAAUAAUUGGUGCGAUUCUUGGAGCAGUCCAUGCGGAUACUAAAGGACGCAGGUGAUCUAUGAUGGCGUCAUCAUUAUUCCUGAUAUUUCAAAUCGCCUGCUAUACCUGUUUACACUUCGGAGCACCAGACGUGACUGCGAUUGUGAUCAUAAUUAAAAUUGGUUUGGGCUUUACAAGCGUUGUCGUACUUACUUGGAUUUCGGAAAUCACCAGCACCAACAUACGUCAAAUGGCAAUGGUGCUUCCACUGUCAAUUUACUCCGUCGCAAUAUUCAUUUGGACCUUUGCACUUGAACUAUCGGAACUGAAUUUCAGGAAGUUUAAUUUUUUAUCUGGUGUUUGCGCUUUGAUCCUGUUCACAUGUCACACGCUGGUAAUACUAAACUGUCCUGAGUCCCCCUAUUACUUAAACUGGAUGGAACGGUACGAGGAAACAGAACAGUCACUGGAAUUUUACACAGGAUACAGGCACGUCAGAAUAGCAGAAGAUACUCCGCAAGCCAUCGACAUUCUCCUAAUGAAUGGGUGUGUGCAACGAUGGCGAGAAAAAUUCAGAGAAAUUUUUAAAACGGAAAAUCUUCAAAGACUGGGAAUUAUUUGUUUUCUUAUAUUAGUCAAAUGGUCCACGAAGCAAUCUUACAGUGAGUUAUUGCUUACGAAAGUUGCCAUGAACAUUCCGGUUUCCUUGAAUUUUGUUCUACUCUUGCCAUUAGCGGGGUUCAGUAUCUUCCUAAUGCUAUCGAUCAAUCUAUUCGCAAGAAGAAGAUCUCUGUUGGUGGUAACUAUAAUAAGUUUGACAGUUUCUGUGAUUAUGAUUAACAUACCUGUGGAUGAGGGUUCUCCACUACUUGCGGUAUUGAUUUUCGUGAAAUACUCAAUUCACUACAUUUUUGUCAGUGUCAUUUUGUGCUGCGCAGGAGUAUCAUUUCCAACUAACAUCAGGGCCCUUUUCAUUGCUUUAGUUAUGAGCUUAGAGGCGUUGAUAAGGAACACAUUUUUCUGGAUCGGGUCUCUGAUCGAGAAAGAGAGCAUAUGGAUCUAUAGCUACGAAUUAAUUACAGCUAAAGCUUGCAUUGACAUUGGGUCACUUGUUGUUGCUGGUGUUUUAGUCGUGAUCUUCAUUCCAAAAACCAUUGAGGUGCAGUCUGAUGGUAUGUUGAAAAAUUACGCGGUUGCCUCGACGGGAGAUUUAGAAUUGUUGAGACUGUAGCGAAAAUAUCACUCUGGUUCUCUUGAUGACAAAAUAU